UCAAAAAGAUCGUGUGUGCCUUCACAUUCCUUUAUCUCUGCCUUAAGUACUCCUGUUUUAAAGGUUUCAUUCGAUUGCAAAGAAGCUUACCAAAAAAACAAACAGAGAAAUUAUCUCAUCAUUUUCUGUGUUUUUGUUUUUCCAGAUUUAUCAGAGUGGAACAGCAUUUUUCUUGCCAAAAUCUUGAAUUAAAAAAGGGGUCGUUAGAGAUUGGUAGAGAAGUAUUAUCAUAGGCGUGUUGGUUAUUCUUCUGGUUUAUAUAAUUUAUUGAACCAGCUGUUGUUUCCUUCCAUUUCUCUUUAAUGGGAUCAGAUUAAUACUACUCCCAAGUCCAUGCAAAGAAACAGAGCAUCGAUAUAAAUCAAAGUUUAGAUUUUUAUUUCUGCAGCUUUUGUUUUGUUGGAGAGUAGGAGAGAGAUGAAGAACGAGGAUCAAUCGAGGACCCUGUUUGGGAUUUCAUUAUCUGAUCGUCCCAAAUGGCAGCAGUUUCUUAUUUGUUCCUCUGGUUUCUUCUUCGGUUAUCUUGUUAAUGGCAUUUGUGAGGUGGGCUUUUUCUUCUUUUUGUUUCUGUAUUUUCCAUGUUGUCCGUUCCACCAUCAAGGAUUGAUUUGAGUUUGUUGGUGUUUUCAUUGUCUUUUCUUAUAAUUAGUUCCAUUGUUUGAUCCAACGACCUUAAAGUUGGGAUUUUUAUCUAUUUGAGGGUGAUAUCUUUAUGUUCUGCAUCAAAAAAUGAAUAUUUAUGAUGGCUUUCCUUGUCUGGAGUGUUUAAGGAACAAAAGUUACAGGUUGAUUCGAGUUAAAAUAUCGUAACGAAUCAAAACAGAGUUACAGAUGAUGAUAAAGGCAAUUCGAAAUGAGUUACACAUUUUCUUGCUUCAAUUUACUUCUACAUAACUGUAGUUGCCUGUUUUAAUUGUAGAAUUGUUACUUCUAAUUAUUUAUCAGCUGCAUUAAUAAUAACCUUCUAAAAUGUCAUUAUAUUUGAGAUGUGAAAUUUGCCUAAAUUUGCAUAUGAAUUGGUUAAAGUUUGAACACUUUAUCUGUAGCGUGUAACGAUGAUUUUUGCCUUUGAUUGCACCCAAAGUGGCUUGAUUUGGAAAAAGUUAUAGUCAUUUUGCACAUUCAGAGUUAUCUUGUAGAUGUCUGACAAUCACCUUGGAUCAUGAUUUGCAGGAGUAUGUAUACAACAGGCUUAGUUUCAGGUCAGUUGGAGUCUCUGUUUAUUUUGACAAAAAAAAUUUCCCUGUUUUCUGAUUAAUCAGUUCCUAAAAUCUUUCCCCGUUGUUUUGGUUAAUUCUGUCCCAGCUAUGGAUGGUAUUUUACAUUUGUUCAAGGUUUUGUGUACUUGGCACUGCUACGUUUACAAGGUUUCACUACCAAGCAAAUGGUAAAUCCAUGGAACACUUAUGUCAAGCUCUCUGCUGUGCUUAUGGGUUCUCAUGGAUUGACAAAAGGGUCUUUGGCAUAUCUCAAUUACCCUGCACAAAUCAUGUUUAAAUCCACUAAGGUGUUGCCUGUGAUGUUGAUGGGUGCAUUCAUACCAGGAUUGAGAAGAAAAUAUCCCCUCCAUGAAUACAUUUCUGCCAUUCUCCUUGUAAUCGGCUUGAUUAUCUUUACAUUAGCAGAUGCAAACACAUCUCCUAACUUCAGCAUCAUCGGCGUCGUGAUGAUUACCGGGGCUCUUGUUAUGGACUCCUUUCUUGGUAAUCUGCAAGAAGCAAUCUUUACUGUGAAUCCGGAUACCACUCAGAUGGAGAUGCUAUUCUGCUCAACAGUGGUCGGAUUGCCUUUCCUUCUCGCACCAAUGAUACUAACAGGCGAGCUUUUCCGGGCGUGGAAUUCUUGUUAUGAGCAUCCUUAUGUGUAUGGUGUGUUAGUCUUUGAAGCAAUGGCCACAUUCAUUGGUCAGGUCUCAGUUCUAUCACUCAUUGCCCUUUUUGGGGCUGCCACUACUGCCAUGAUAACAACAGCGAGGAAAGCUGUGACUUUGCUGCUGUCAUACUUGAUAUUCACAAAACCGUUAACUGAAGAACAUUGUUCUGGGUUGCUACUCAUUACAAUGGGAAUCUUAAUCAAGCUUCUGCCGGAUCAUAAGCCUCCUGCGGCUCGGCUCUUGAUUUCCAACGCCCAUGCUAAAGGGAAGUCUCUUUUGAAAGAUUUCAGGAAGCAAUCGGAUAAUAAAGGAGAUCAAGAAGAUGAUGUGAGAAGGCCAUUAGUUUAGACUUCUCUGGAGACCUAUUUUUCUUUUUAUUUUUGUAAACUUUUUGGCUUCCAUAUACUUUUAAGAACUUUGAGAUGAUAGGUCGGCAAUGAGCAAUACCAUCCAAGUGGAGGGUUCUCAGUUAAAUUCUUUUCUAAUUGUCAUUUAACAUGACAUCUCAGUGAUUUCUUGCUUAAGUUUAGGGUAUUGUUUUACCACAUUAACUAAGUGAAAAACACAUACAAUUUAGUGACCAAUUGAAUACUGUUCUUUU